AUGAUUGAGUUUACGAUAAAAACAUUGGAUUCCAAUAACCACCGGUUCUCAGUCGACGAUGAGAUCACGGUGGAACAGCUUAAAGAGAAGGUGAGGGAGCAGAUGGGAAUAGAACCAAGCCUUCAACGUCUAAUUUUCUGUGGCAGAGUACUGCAAGAUGAGAAACGUCUUGCAGAAUAUGAUGUCAACGGCAAAGUCGUACACUUGGUGCAGCGUGCACCACCUGGGCCUGAGACACGGCAGAGCGCCCCAAGUGCACCGACUGCCAACUCCGGAUCUGAAAACACUGGCUCCAACAACAUGCAACAACAGAUAAGGAGGCUGAUGUCGCUUGCCGGGCCUUCUGACUUUUUGAUGGACCAACAAGUGACGAUGUCACCAACUACCGGCCGCCUUGAGUUCAUUCGCCGAAUGAUCGCAGAAAUCAAAGCAUCGCUCGCCUCCCUUAGAGCGCAUGUCGAAGGAGAGGAAAAUAGGAGUUCACCAGCAAGCGGUGAAAGUCCUACUGAGCAAAUGGAUACUGAACCAGCGUCCGGUACGCAGCAUGACGAGCCUGAACCCCUACUUGACGAAAAUGGCGAUGAAACCACCGACGCCGCAGCUCGAGCCCAAAACGCUCGCCGAAGAAGCUAUAGGGCCAUACGAGCACUGCGCGCUCGCCACACCAGACCACGUGACCUUGCCCAGUUGCUUGAAGAAUUAGAAACUCUCCAGGAACAAUUCACGCCAUACCGGGCCAACUACAUCAGGAUGCUCAGAGCCGCCAAUAAUCCUGAGCCACCUGUAUACUCAGAAGAAGAACGUAUUAGUGCUCAGCGUACUGUGGACAUGGUAACAGAUAUAAUGCACAGUUUCGCGCACGCCUACCAUGCCAUUAGCGACAUCAACUUCCAAGUCGGUCAACGCAAUCCACGACUUACUUCUGAUACCACCGUCGUACGUCACCCUAUUCCGAUGCAGGCACAUAUCAACGUAGUGCAGUCUAACCGACGUACUCCACAACAACAGUCAGCGCAGCAACAACCGCAGUCACAGAAUCCCCAGUCUGCGGCGAAUCCUCAGCAACAGCAAGCGACGGCGCAGCCCGCGGCCCAGGCACAAACUGGCCCAGCAACCAACACGGCCACUCGACCGGCCGGCAACAGGGGCCCCACUAUCCAAACGUCUAUUGCUGGCGACGGUAUCACGAGCGUUCAGGGAGUCCAACCAAGCGGACACACCACUGCUCAUGCCGGUAGGACUACCCAACCAACCGUCAACAUAAACAUUCAGCCAGAUCCCAUCACGUAUCAAGUAGAGAUAGAAACAAGGGUUCCCAUCGCAUUCCCCUUAGAGAAUGCUCUGCUGAACGGUUUGACUAACGCUGCAGCGGUGGUAAAUGCUCAGGAACAGGGCAACAACGGCGCCGGUGCCAACAGGCGUCAAGUACUACUUGAUUUUGAGAAUUUGUUUAGAGGAUUGAGCCAAUCCGCCGGUCUUGGUGGAGUAGAAGUUGUGAUGAGUAUGGAGGAGAUACCGCACGGAGGUCCUGUUGGCGUUGGCACGAUACUUACCGGUUCUAAUAGCGGAACUGGAAGCGGCACCGGUACUGGUACCGGUAAUGCUACUGCUACGGCUACUGUCACUGGCACCAGCACUGGCAAUGCAACUAACACUAGUGCUACCGCUGGUACUGGCACUACCACUGCCACGGCUACUGCCACGGCCACUGCCACUGCCACUGCCACGGCUACUGGCACGGGCACUGGCACUGGCACCGGUACUGGCACUGGUGCUGCAACUGGAACAGGCACUGGAACUACUACUGGCUCACAACCCGCAGCAGGCGAGGGCGGAGUAUACGUUGCUCCGAUGCCUUGGGGCGGAGCACCAAGUGCGGACUUGCUGCAAAACAUCGUAUCAUCGGUGAUCCGCCAGGGCCUCGUGCCUGGCGUCGAGGGUGUGACCUUGCACAUCCCGAGCGUGCCGACCGCAGCUCAACUGGCACCAGUACUGCAGGCCCUGCAGAACUCGAACUACCAAUCAGCAGCAACAUUGCUAGCGCCACACCCUAACCAAGUGGCUGAGGCCUUGCAGGCUGCACAAGCUGCGCAAACUGCUCAAACUGCUCAAACUGCACAGGCUGGACAAACUGGACAAACCACACAGUUGGGCACUGGACAGACACCUGCAACGGCUAGCCAGGACGCGAACUCGACGAACACCACGUCGAAUUCUCAACCUGCGAGUCUGCACCUUCGCCGUGCUACGACCACGACUCGCGCUCAGGCUGUGUCUCUAGCUACACUGAUUUAUGAUCGAUUUUUGCAAUGCGAUAGUCAGCACGCUCGUCGUCGUCUGCAGCGCCGCAGGGAGCAACAGCAACAACAGCUGGUACAGCAGGAACGAGCUCGAGCUGAGCGAGUGGCCGCACAGAACAUUGAGUAUUUAAUGCACCGAAAUCAUCACAUUAAUGAUGAGCACAUGACUAUUAUUGUGCGUCUUCUCAACAGCGCUCCUUCGCAGGAAUCUUGGUUCAAUGCUUUCUUGCUGACGGUUGCUCGUCACUUGUUCCUUCCUGAACCACUUCAGUCGAUGAACGGGGAACCAGUGCUCGUCCCCCACGAGUUCAUGCAGCUGCGCGUCCUACUGCGCAACUACAUACAUAACCUCACUACUAGGGCUACCUCACAAGGAUCUGACUCCUCAGUAUUGUCUGUAACAGAUUUCUUUGUCAGCGAAUUCCGCGAUUUUAUUCGUGACAUGCAUGCUAUCACUCCUAUGCGUAAAGAAUUUGAUGCAUACGCUUCCAUCCGGUCGUUAUUCCGUGCUCGCCUCCCCGCCCUGAUCGGCGCAGUUAUGUCGGACUCUACUGGAGAGAUGUACCCCGCUCGAUUCUACGCUGUCUUCUCUCGGCUCUACACUGAUUUCUGCACUUUGAUUUCACACUUAUGCGUUGAAGGCCUUGAGGGUUUGCGUCAGCUUUAUAGGACUUUCUUGGAUAUUAGAAUUCGCUACUUCGACGAAUCUAUUCAGGAAAUGGUUUUAGUACUUGCCAAUGAGAAUCUGAAUGCCAUUAUAAACACACUGGGUUCCCAUUGCGCUCACAUUCAGCAACAUCUUCACCGCCGAUCACGAGAUCGCGGAGCACGCUUCGUGGUAUCGCCGCCAGCAUCGGAAGACGACGAGCAACCCACUCCGAUGGAAGUGUCACCGCCGUCACAGCCGGUUCGUGAAGAGCCAGCAAUAACUAAUGAGAGUUCUCAGUCCAGCGCAGCUCCUUCAGUACAAGAAGAGACCCCGGUGAGCACGAGCUCGGGCUCAGUGCAGGCGGCCGCGUCCACGGUGGCCGCGGCGCCUACUAGCGCCGCCUCGCACACCGUCACCUCCAACACAGCCCCGCAGUCUCCCGUCACCUCGCCCAGUCGUGUUAUGACCCCGAAGGAAAGGAGUGAGCCGGCGUCUCCGACACGCAACGCGAGUGAUCAAAACUUACGAUUCGUACCGCCGUUGAUGAUUCUACAGCACUGGGGCGAGGAGUGGGUGCCAGUGUUCACUCGUGAUCAACAGAAUCAGCGAUCGGAGCCGCAGGAGCCGUACAGCGAUGCCUAUAUUUCGGGGAUGCCGUCGCGCAAGCGGCGAUGCCUACGCCAGACUCGACCGCCUAAUACACUAAACGGAUUUAUGGAAGAGAGUUUGCGUGAAGCAGCCAAUGAUCGGCCUGCUACCAUGCAAGCACAAGCGCAGGACAACGCCCCGAUGCGCAUUGCAUUCCGUGAAUAUAUGCGGAACUAUGUUCGGGAGCGUGCUGCUAAUUCCACGGAUUACGACGCAACGCGAUUCACGUCUGCCGCUCGAUUUAUUAACACGAAUAGGACAAGUAGUAGUGUAACGCCGCCACAAGAGAACGGUGGCGGGCAACCAAAGGAAGAGGAGUGA